GGGAACUCGUUAAUGGCACCGGUGGGAAGGUGGCAGAAGGGCAGAGACCUGACUUGGUAUGCAAAGCAGAAGAAUGCGGGGGAGGCCCUCAGCAGAGAGCAGGAGCUGGCUGCAGUGAAACAAGCCGAGGAGGAAGCCAUGAUGGCCGCCCUAGGUUACAAGACUGUGAAGCGUCAGCCGAAGGGUCUCAGUAAAGAGGAGUUCGCUGAAGCCUGCAAGCGGGAAGGCACAGAGAGGGAUGAGCGGAGUGUGGACCGCGUCCGUGGCCUCGGGAGCAGUGUUUCCUCCGCGCAGAUGAUGCUUUCCAAGGAGGAUAAGGAGGCCACUAAAAUGGGUUUCUCCAUCUUCACCCACCAAAAAGGUGGAGAGCGGCAGGAAGGGCACGGUGAUAAGAGAAAGGUGGAAGGAGGAGAGGAAGCAUCCAGGUCAGGAAGUAAGAAAAAGGCCAAGAAAGAGAAAAAGAAGAAGAAGAAAAAAGAGAAGAAGCAAAAGAAGGAAAAACAUCGAAGAACCGAUUCUUCAUCAUCAUCGGACCAAGAUGACAGGUGGAGAAAAGCGGGCAAUUCAUCAUCGUCUGGUCACACUGGAGCCUGCAGGGCUGACAACCAUUCAUCAGAAUCCCGGGAUUCGCCUCGGACCCGAAGCGCACAACGCCACGACGCCCAUUCUUCCAGCGACAGCUCCCCUCGCCGGCCGUCGCGGCCCCCCCGCCGAGUCACGAAGCCGCAGCCGCGACAGGGAACGCAAGAGGAGGAGGAGGUCGAGGUCCCCCGCGCGAGGCCAAGCGGCGGCAUGACACGGACUCAGACGACU